AUGGUCUGGAAACAUUACAAAGAUGCCCCUGAAAUUGAAAACGGCACCCGUUUUAUUCGUGUUGAAAUGCCUGCACAUAUAAAAUCGCUGCCGUACGCAGUAAAAUUGGAAGAAAAUGGUCAAUACGUAAGACUAUUACACAGUAAUCAACAUAAAGUGUGCAACAAAUGCCUGAGCGAUGAUCAUUUAAUUUACGAGUGCACCAAAUACAGGUGCAAAAAAUGUCAAGAACUCGGACACACGGAACGGUAUUGUCCACAGUCGCGCUGCUUCAAAUGUAAAAAAACAGGUCAUUAUGCUCAUCAAUGCGAGAGUGUGGGUGCUGACUCCAUUGAAAACAAUGACAGUGAUAGAAAUGAAUCAGCGCAUGAGACAAACAUUAACACUAGCUCACCACCUAAUCAUGAUACAACUGAAAUUGAAUGCGAAACUACAACAUCGCGGGAUACAAGUGACGAACCUCGCGACGAACAUAUCACACCUGCACAGAAAUCGAAGGAAGAGAUUACCGAAAAAAUGGAAACUACAGAUACACAUAGCAAUCUUGAUCGCGCUUCCACCAAUGAAUCCGGCAACAGACAGAAACGGUAUCUUUCAAGCGAGGAAGCGAAUCUCGACAGCGAAAGAAACAACCACGGAAGCCCAACUUAA